AUUUUCGUCUCCGCUACUAAAUAAGCACUUCGUCCUUCUAUUCUAUCCGGUUUCACCAUUUUUCUUCGUCUCAAUUUCUUAGAUCUUUCCUGGGCUUUGUGCAAGCAUGAGUAAGGGACCAGGACUCUUCGUCGAUAUCGGCAAGAAAGCCAAAGAUCUGUUGACUAAAGACUAUACCUCGGAUCAGAAGUUCACUGUUUCUAGUUACACUGGCGCUGGAGUGGCUUUUACAUCAACUGCUCUAAAGAAAGGAGGCCUUUCAACUGGGGAUAUUGCUGCAUUAUACAAGUACAAGAACACUCAAUUCGAUGUUAAAUUCGAUACCGACUCUAAUAUUUCAACAACAAUUACAUUCACUGGGAUUCUUCCAUCCACCAAGACUAUUGCAUCAUUCAAAGUACCUGAUUAUAACUCUGGCAAGUUGGAGGUUCGGUAUUUCCAUGACCAUGCUACCUUUGCAACAACGAUUGGUUUGAACCAGAAACCGGGUGUUGAUGUUACAGCAACCAUUGGGACACCCGCUAUUGCUUUUGGUGCAGAGGCAGGUUAUGAUACCACCUCUGGCAAAUUCACGAAGUACACUGCUGGUAUUAGUGUGACAAAACCAGAUUCGUGUGCUUCGAUACUUCUUGGGGACAAGGGAGACAGCAUGAAAGCUUCGUAUGUGCAUUACCUGGACCAGCAGAAGAAGAGUGCUGCUGUGGGUGAAAUCACCCGAAGGUUUUCCACAAAUGAGAACACUUUUACUGUCGGAGGGGCAUAUGCUGUUGAUCAUCUCACACUGAUUAAAGCGAAGCUCAACAAUCAUGGGAGGCUUGGAGCACUGCUGCAGCACGAAGUCGUACCCAAGUCAUUGUUGACGAUCUCUGGUGAGCUGGACACAAAGGCCCUGGAAAAAAGUCCCCGUUUUGGUUUGGUACUUGCACUCAAACCCUAAUUAGUAUUUUUUGGCUAUUCAAUGAUGCUUUUUGGGAUAUAAUACUUUUGAUUUUUUCCAUGGUGACGGAAAACGGGUGGCAAUAAAUAGCUCCACAGAUAAUUAAUAUUCAUUUUGUAGUUCUCAAUCGCUGUGGAUGGAUGAUUGAUGAUACUUUAGGUUUUCCAUGAUUCAAUAUUGUAAGUUUCGAACCAUUUUGACAAUGGGACAAUUGCUCAAAAACCUUUUAGAUUUUUCAUUUGGUA